GCGGCGGGGAGGAGGCAGCUGCCCCAGGGCCGGGGCCGGGCGGGUCCCGGGGAGCACAGGGGGGGUCGGAGAGGGCGAGCCCUGGCGCCGGGUCCCGAGGCACGGAGCGGUCCGGGCCCCCGCGGCGGGGUCCCCAGGGCCGGGCCCCGCGGCCGGUCUCCAGGGGAGGUCCCCAGGGCCGGCUGCCCGGGGCCGGUCCCGGGCGGGGACCCGGCGCUGCAUUCUCAGAGUCUCCAGCAGAGGCUGGGCUGGGCUGGGCUGGCGGGGAAGGAGGGAAGGAAGGGAGCGAAGGAAGCGAGGGGGAGGAAGGCGGCUCUCGCCGCACAUGCAUCCCCAGCCACACACCCCGCCGCCCGCGCCCCGCCUCGCGUCGUGCCCGCCCGGUGCCAGCAGCCGGCUCCGCUCUCCGCCGCACCGCCCGCCCCGCCGAGCCCGCCAUCCGCUCCGCGCCGGGGCUCCGAGCCUGCCGUCCGCGCCUUGCUCGGCUGAGCCGGGUCGCCGCUCCGCGCCGCGCCGCGCAGGAUGCCGCGGGAGGCCGAGCGCCCCGCGGGGGGCGGCCGCCGCCCCAGACUCCUGGGGAUGCUGCCGGCUGCCCUGCACCUCCCUGUGUGAGCCAGCAGAGGAUGGAAGUGACUGGCAUCAGCUGGGCAAAGGACCCUUCGCCAGGUGCUGGGAUGUCACCCUCCUGAAGAUGGGAGUUACAAAUGGGCUUGUGAACUGCAUGUGCGGCACAGGCACCUGCGCUGCCAGACCCCUCGUGCAGUAGUCUGGGGCCACCGCAGGACAGGCAGACAUUGGCCACAGCAGCUCAUCCUGUUAACUCCUCCAUGGAACCGUACAUGGCAAAGCUUCCCUUCGCUUCCCGUGAAUGACGGUCGCAGGCGCCUGUGCCCCGCACACCACCGCGGAGCUCCCUGCCCGCUGGCGGGGUGGGCAGCAGGCUGUGCGUGACCCCGCUCCCCAGCGAGACCAGCGGCAGCCGAGCACGGAGCCGGGCAGCUCUGUCCCCGGGGACAAAUGCCAGCUGCCAGACUCUUCUCUGGAGACCCAGGAGCAGCCUGUGAGGCACCAGCACUAACUGCUCCCAUGCUAGCAGCGGGCGGUCUGGGACGCCUGUUGUCACAGAUGUGACUCCAGCCUGCUGGGAUGGGAGUGCUCCAGCUGCAGGACACGGCAUGCAGCAGGGGUGGGAGCGCUCUGCAUUGACCAGUGAGCCCCAUGCUGCUAGUGUGGACUUUCUUCCUCCUCUUCCCUAAAGAAUACUAGUUGCCUGUCCAAAAGCUACGGCUCAUGCAGCCUCCUAAAGUGCAAUGGCGAAGGGUCUGCAGGGCUUCUCGUGGACCAUGCUGCUGCUGUUCUGCGCCAUCCAGGAUCUGGGGGCCUGGGCUAUGCACACUGCGGUGGAGGGCCCUGGCCUAGGGCAGCCGGGGGACCCCACGCUGCUGGCCGGCGGGCGAGUGAAGCGUGGCUGGGUCUGGAAUCAAUUUUUUGUGGUGGAGGAGUACACAGGCACAGAGCCGCUGUAUGUGGGGAAGAUCCACUCGGACUCGGAUGAGGGGGACGGCUCCAUCAAGUACACUAUCUCCGGGGAGGGCGCAGGGACUAUCUUCCUCAUCGAUGAGAUCACAGGUGACAUCCAUGCCACUGAGCGCCUGGACCGGGAGCAGAAAACCUUCUACACACUGCGGGCUCAGGCCCGCGAUCGGCAGACGGACCAGCUGCUGGAGCCUGAGUCAGAGUUCAUCAUCAAGGUGCAGGACAUCAACGACAGCGAGCCACGCUUCCUGGAGGGGCCCUACAUCGGCAGUGUGGCUGAGCUGUCCCCCAUCGGCACCUCUGUGAUGCAGGUGAUGGCAUCUGAUGCUGAUGACCCCACAUACGGGAGCAGUGCCCGGGUAGUCUACAGUGUACUGGAGGGCGAGCAGCACUUUACUGUGGACAGUAAAACAGGUGUGAUCCGGACAGCCGUGGCUGACCUGGACCGUGAGACGCAGGACCGCUAUGAGGUGGUGAUCCGCGCAACAGACAUGGCAGGGCAGCUGGGUGGCCUGUCUGGAUCCACCACAGUCACCAUCGUAAUCACCGAUGUCAAUGACAACCCGCCACGUUUCCCUCAGAAGAUGUAUCAGUUCAGCAUUAUGGAAACUGCUCCUGUGGGCACUGCCAUCGGUAGGGUGAAGGCAGAGGACUCUGACGUCGGGGAGAACACGGACAUGACAUAUCAGGUGAAGGAUGAGGAAGGGGUGGAGAUGUUCAAAGUCACCACGGACAGCAAUACCCAAGAGGCUGUAAUCACAGUACAGAAGCCUCUCGACUACGAGUCAAAAAAAGUGCACACUGUUGUGGUGGAAGCCCUCAACAAAUUCGUGGACCCGCGUUUCGUGGACCUGGGCACCUUCCGGGACCAGACCAUUGUGCGGGUCUCUGUGUUGGACGUUGAUGAGCCCCCCGAGUUCCGGCCCCCCUCCAACCUGAUGGAGGUCCAGGAGGACGUGCACGUUGGCUCUGUCGUGGGGGUGGUCACCGCCCUUGACCCAGACACAGCGAACCAUCCUGUCCGGUACGCCAUCGACCGCAGCACAGAUGCAGAGAGGAUCUUUGACAUUGAUGCCAACACAGGUGCCAUUGUGACAGGAAAGAUCCUGGACCGGGAGACAGCAGGGUGGCACAACAUCACUGUCCUGGCGAUGGAAGCAGAUAAUCACUCACAGGUAUCGAGAGCCUCUCUCCGUAUCCGUAUCCUGGAUGUGAAUGACAAUCCACCCGAGCUCGCCACCCCCUAUGAAGCAGCUGUGUGUGAAGAUGCCAAGCCUGGCCAGCUGAUCCAGACAAUAAGCGUUGUGGACCGUGAUGAGCCUCAGAGCGGCCACCGUUUCUACUUCACACUGGCACCUGAAGCCACCAACAACCACCAUUUUUCUCUGCUGGAUAUUAAGGACAACACGGCUGCGGUGCACACACAACGAAUGGGCUUCAAUCGCCAGGAGCAGGAUGUGUACUUGCUCCCUAUUUUGGUGGUGGACAGCGGCCCCCCGGCCCUCAGCAGCACAGGGACUCUGACCAUCCGCAUCUGUGGCUGUGACAGCAACGGAGCCAUCCAGUCCUGCAACAGCACCGCCUAUGUCGUAUCAGCGACGCUGAGCCCCGGUGCUCUCAUCGCACUGCUGGUGUGCGUCCUCAUUCUGGUCGUGCUGGUCCUUCUGAUCCUCACGCUGAAGAGACAUCACAAAAGCCACCUGACAUCUGAGGAUGACGAGGACAUGAGGGACAAUGUCAUCAAAUACAACGAUGAAGGGGGUGGCGAGCAGGACACAGAGGCCUAUGACAUGUCAGCCCUGCGCAGCCUCUAUGACUUCAGUGAGAUCAAAGGCAGCGAUGGAGGCGGGGGGCUGGGAGAUGGGGGCCUCAGCGGAAACCCAGCCUCUGAGCUCCAUGCCCUCCCACAGUGGGUGCAGAGCCCGGACCUGGACUUCUCCGUGUUCAGAGACUAUAUCUGCAAGAAGGUGGAGCAGGCGGAUGAGGACCCCUCCGUGCCGCCCUACGACUCGUUCCAGACCUAUGCCUUCGAGGGCUUGGACUCCCCCGUGCCCUCCCUGAGCUCCAUCAACACCUGGUCCAGCGGCUCAGAGCAGGACUUCUCCUACCUGGGGGGCUGGGGGCCACGCUUCCGGCAGCUGGCAGCACUCUAUGCUGGGCGCAGGGGCGAGGAGGACAGCGAGGAGUCCUAGCUGUCCCGCCAACCCCUCACGAGGCUCCUGACGCCUCCUGGACCAGGGCUCCAUGCCAUGAGGUGCUACACAGGGAGAGUGUGCGCCUCUGGCCAGGCUCUGUGGCUGCCAGAGAGGGGGGCUGUGCCAUGGGGCCAGGGAGCACUGGGCUACAUCCUCCUCGGCAGCUGCCUCCUGUUCGGGGCACCUCUGCCCCCGCAUGGUGAGGCUGGAGUGCCCAAAGGAGCCGCUGUGGCCAUCAUCAUCUCCUUAAUAGCAGUCUCCAUUAAAGCACUACGCAUUAAUUUAAGAAAGAGAAAAUCUAAUUCAAGAGAGUUUGGAGGGGGUUUCUCCCCCACAAAUUAUCAUUUAAAUAGAUCUGUUCAGUGAGCCCAGUUCAGGAAAGGAAGAGCAAACCGGGAGCCUUUUGUUGUCUAAAUUGUUUUUGUCACUUGAGUCAGAGCAUUUGAAGUGCUUUGAUUUCUUUAAGAGCUUUCCUUGCAGAGGGAAACAAGCUUUUACCUUCUGUUCAGCUUUUUCCCCCUUUAGGUUAGCUCGCUUUUUGGAGUCCUCCUCUCUGCGCGUGGGCUCCUCAGCAGCACCCAGCUGCUGGCAUGGUGGAGCGUGCCACACUGGGGAUGUGCAUGCUGGAUGCAGGCUCCAAAGUCACGUCCUGCACGGAGCAACCGCUGCACUAGAGUUCACUUCAAAAUACACUUUGCCUCUAAGCUGCAAUUGCUUCGCCUCUUAGUUCUUAGAUCUUUCUUGUGGUUAUCAAAGAUGCUUGUGAUUUGAAGGAGCUUUCCCUCCCUGCACAGCAUGCAUCGUCUGCAAGGUCUUGGCGUGCCCCAUGGCCCCGGUGAUGGACAGGGACAUCCCACCCGCUGCCGAGGCAUGGUGCUGUGGCCACAGAGCAGCCAUGGUGAUGGAAAGCACCAUUGGAGUGGCACAGAGUGGCACUCCCCGGGUUGGCUCUGCCAGCCCCUUAGAGCAGGACAGGCCCUGGUCCGCAGGGCUCUCCGCCAAGCAUUAGCUUUCUACCAAAUGGCAUUGGCUGCGCAGGGCAGAAGGGAGGACACCAACCCACCCAGUGGUGGGGGAGAGCUGUGUCCUGGCUAGAGGACCAUGUAGUAGGGUGCGGGAGAACCCUAGCCCCCUGGUUUGGAGGGAUAAUUCCUGCUUACCCUGAGCUGACAGCAAAGCAUCACCAUUGGUGAUAGAAAAGCCAUCCCCAGGACACGUGCAUGAGGCCAGACCCUGCUGGCGCUGCUGCACAGCCAAGCUGGUUGCUGCAGGCUGGCAGCGGGCCUGUGACACCUCAGGGUACCCAGGGUGUCCCUACCCUGGCACAGUGCCCCACAAGAGACCUGCAUGAGCUCCCACAGCAGGGCCACCUUUGCAUGAAAUCUCUGGUUUCAAGAGGCACGUCAGGAGGCGGCCAGCAGGAUGUGCCAUUGCUCUUGGGGCUGCAGAUGAUAUUGGAGGAAAGUCCUCAGUGCCCUGCACCUUUCCAGCCUGCUGACUUCCCCCGGGGUAAAUUGAACAGUGCAUUGAGCGACACCCAUGGGCAGCUUCUCAGGCCGUCCUGGCUAGUGCAGCUCCUUCUCUGUUCACAUUGGAAAAAAAGUCAAUUAUAUUAUUGAUAGGUAACUGAUAAGGUCUCUCAAGGCCUGACAUCUUGGGCUUGUCAUUGGGUUUGUCCUUUUAGUUUAGCCAUGGUGUUUUCUAUCCUUGGAGAAGGUUUAAAUGUAAAUGUACAUGCGUGUUCAUUUUUUACUGUGUUUUGCUUCCCGGCUGCUGGUGUUGGUCCUUUAGCUGCAGCAUGAGACCUGACAGCGGGGAAGGGCAGGAUGCAUCUUUGCCACAGCUCUUGCCCUCGGUAGCUCCUGCCCUUGGCUGCUUCUGCCUGCUGCAACCACAUCCACCCAUGUGGGAGCUGCAGCUUGGCUUUUGCGCUGGGACCGGGAGCUGCUUGUUUCUCAGGGUCUCUCUGGUCCCCGUCGAAGGAGGCCGUGGGCACCUGCUGCUGGCGCCUGCGCCCCGGUGUGCUGCUGGUUCACUGUGAUGAUGCUGGGGAGGCAGCGGAGCCAAGGGGCUGCUUCGCACUGGCCCUCGAGUGCCAACUCUGGCCAUGCCGCCUCAGGCAGGUGAUGCCUCAAACCUUGGAGCUGGAGAAUGGAGCGAGCCCUCUCUUUCCUCAGGAAUGUGUUCAUGUUUUCCCUUUGGGCUGAAGAGCUGUGCCCGAGCCCCUCCGGAGCUAGCCCUUCCUCUAGCAAAAGUGUUGUGCAAUAGCAGGGCUCUGUCCGUAGGAGAUGGGGUCUGACAGGGUACGUGUUAGCAACCCUCCCACCGGGUUAUUCCCCAUCCCCAACCAGCCAGUCCUCCCCUAUGCGCAUGCACGCACGCUUGCGUUUUUAUUUCUAUCCCACAUGUAAAUACGGGAGGAGCGCAGUGCCGAGCGAGCUGGCUGCUCCGCGCAGCACUGCCCCGCACUGCCUGCCCACCUGCACCUGGUGGGAGGAGCUGGCAGCUGCCACAACGUCUGAUGGAUUCACUUUGGUUUUUUUCUCUACCCAAAUGAAAUAAGGAGGUUGAUUUCCUCACCCUUGUUAUUUUUUCAAGGUCUUUCUAGGACCUGGAAAUAAAUUAUUUCCUUGUCGUCUA